AUGGAAGGCAGUAAUGAUUCUCUUUCUGUUAUAACUCCCGCAAUGGGCAGUUCGCCUGCAGUCUUGCUAACUCCUGGUAGGACGAGAAAUAUCGCACAAGAUAUGGAGGCCCUUAGACUGUCAAGACAAGACAAUCCUUAUUUACAGCAAGUUAUGGCCAGCAGAGAGAGUCUGAUUGAAAGUCAUGCCGAAGAAUGCGGUUCUGAUGACACUAUUUUAAUGUCACAGGAAUUUGGAAGUGCAGCUCUGAACUUUGUUGAAGACGACCCAUUAACACUGAAAGAGGUGCAUGAGCAUAUGAUUAGAUCUCCACCACCUGCAAGUUGCUGGCCGCAUGAAUCGCUGUCGUACCGCGCGUCGAGUGCUUUCGACUUCGCCGAUUGCCCUGUCUCGUACAGUGCUUGCUCGGUCAAUGCUCAGGAGAAGGAAAUAUUGCCUCGAUCUCCGAGACGCGGUACGAAUCGACCCCGUUCAUCUCGCUCUGCCUCUCCGCGGUCACAUGACCUAACAUUGUGUGGUCGGCCAUUAUCGUUGCCAGGGGAAAGCCACCUUAGAAACGCACUUAACAAAAAGCCAGGCGGGCAACAAUCCGAGCGUUUCUCUAUCCUGCAGCAUCCGCGCCCUCUAAGACGGCCGCACACCAGUCGCCGGGACGAAGACAGCAUCCAUCUGGUGCAGGAUUGCGACAAAUAA